AUGGAGAGUGUUGACGGUGACGAGGGUGCUGUGUCUGACGUUGCAGGAGACGAUGAUGACGGCAUAAGGAGGAACCCUCCUAGAGAUGCCAGGGAGCGGUGUUUCUUGUCACCAUUUGAGCAUGACAGGGAGCAGACUCUCUCCCUUGAAAUUGAGCAAGAAAUUGUUCAAAACUACGGAAGAGUGAAGUCUGUUGAUCUGCAUCCAACUGAGCCAUGGAUUCUACUGGGUUUGCAUUCAGGAGCUGUUUCUAUUUGGAAUUAUCAGACGAAGACUGAAGAGAAGUCUUUCACAUUCACUGAUUAUCCAGUCAGAUCGGCAAAGUUCAUUGCUCGGGAAAACUGGGUUGUCGCAGCAAGUGAUGACAAAUAUAUUCGCAUCUACAAUUAUGACGAAGCAAGAAAGAUAGGAGCAUUUAAGGAACAUAAAGAUUUUAUCAGGAGUUUGGCUGUGCAUCCUUCGCUGCCAUAUGUGGUGUCAGCUUCUGAUGAUAAAGCUCUAAAGUUGUGGACUUGGAAGGACUGUUGGGCUUGGUGUAAGACCGUUGAAGGGCACUCACAUAAUGUGAUGCAAGUGGCAUUUAACCCGAAGGAUCGAGCUACUACCUUUGCCAGUGCAUCCUACGAUGGCACCUUGAAGAUUUGGGAUGUCUAUAGUUCAACUCCAAAAUUUACCCUGUAUGGACACUUGCAAGGAGUGAAUUAUGUUGAUUACUUCAUUAGCAAUGACAAACUAUAUCUUUUAAGUGGUUCUGAUGAUUACACUGCAAAGGUAUGGGAUUACCAUUCUAGAAACUGUGUACAAACACUUGAAGGACAUGGAAAAAGUGUUACAGCCGUGUGUGGUCAUUCUGAGCUUCCUAUAAUAAUAACAGCUUCACUGGACACUACUGUUAAAAUAUGGGAUGCUGUCACUUACAGGUUUCAGACUACGUUGAACUUUGGUCUCGGAAGAGUAUGGAGUAUUGGAUACAAGGAAGGAUCACCUCAGCUUGCUUUUGGUUGUGACAAAGGAUUUGUUAUUGUUAAGGUGAACCUCAAAGCUGCCCAGUGAAACGAGACUAAAAGGACAAACUAAACUGCUUUAUCGGACUUUGGAAGGAAGAUUACAAUAAACCUGUCUGCUGCUGCAGAAAUUACAAUUGCUAU